CAUUUUUCUAUUAUUAUUAGUAUUUCAUAUUUUAUUAGUGAAACGUUUUACGGAUACUGUGUCGAAAUGUCAGAUUUAGAAGACAUUCAACCUAACUGUGAGUGUCAAUACACAUUGACGUUAACGAAUGAAAUAGUUCAGGAACACUUUUCUGAAAUGAAAGACAGUUUCAACCAUGUGCCUAGUAUUCAUGAGGUGGACGAAGAAGAAACUGACGAAGAACAUACGGUUGAUCAGGAACCUGGAAUUCCCAACGAAAUAGAGCAAAAUACAGAUCUAACGAAGGAUACCGUAGAUGAGGAUUCAAUUUACAGCAAUGAUUCAUUUUGUUCCGAUGAAUCCUGUAACGAGUCAGAGGAAAGUAAUGUCACUUCAAGAUCUCUCGAUAAUUCCCAUUUUUCACGCAGUGUUACUACUCGGAAGAAUAAUCAGAACGAUAGUCGAAGGGAACAAGAAAGAUCUGAAAAUGCAACGUACGACAAUGAAAUUGUUAAUUCGAUUCGUUGUAAAAGUGCAACAUCUGAGGAUAAUUAUAUAGGAAUCAAGCAGAUUAAAAAUAGAAGGAGGAAUAUGAGUUUUACAGAUGAAGAACUGCGAAAAAUAGAAUGGGAGAAUCAGAUACUUUUGAGAAAGAUAAUGGCUCAACAACGACCAAAAGAGAAAUUACUUUAUGAAAAUGUACCUCCACCUCGAAUAAGCAGUUCUGCGAUAAACAGAAGAAAAUUGCAGAAGAAAAUAGAAAAUGAAAAUAUAAUGCUGCUCCAAAGAAUACAACAAACUAAAUCACGUGUUAUGAACACCGUGACAAAACCUGGUUGUAGACAGACGAUUUUAUAA